CAGUCAGUGUAUAUUGUCUCAAAAUGUCGUCGCAGGAUACCGCGUCUUCGACUCCAUUGUUUAUAAUUAAAAAAUGAUGCAUCAAAAUGACUUUGCAAAUACUCGGUUUUAGUAAAAGAUCGUAAAUUUUCGGAGUGAAUGACACAACGGAACUUUUAUGUUUUGUGACAGUGAAACAGUUUAAAGUGGACUUGUAUAGAUAAAAAUAAUAUACCUUAGUGUAAUUUUGUGACUAUUUUUGAUAACAAAAAGAAUAAUUAAUACGAAGAAUUCAGAAAUAAAAGCAUAAAUAACUUUAGUGUGAUAUUUGAGCAUAAAGUGAUACAAAAAUUGUGUGUAUUCAUUACAGAAUAGAUUCUUAGGUAUUUAGACUUAUUUAUCAAAUUAACAUCUUAUUUUAAACACUUAAAUAGAUUGGUUCCAAGAGACAUUGUGUGAGCAGUGUAUUUUUUUAUAAUUACUGAGUUUUACUUAUUGAUCUAUAUUAUUUAGGAUAAAGUUAUCUACAUACAGAAGGGUUUGAAGACCAACCACUGUUGCUCCCAGAUUAACAAGUAAUUCCUUCAAUACACAGACAUAUUAUCUAUUAUGCUUAACUUGUCUUCCCUGUAUGCAAAACUACAAGAUAUUUCUACAAUUAACUACCACUGCUAAACUAUAACUGUUUGUCAAUAUUAUUAUGAUUGGUUACCGGAAUAUAAAAAGAAAGUAAAACAUUAUUUACAAGAAAGGGUAUAAAAUUAGUAUGUGCCUGUGACGUUUGAAUGGCGGCCAUAUUAACAGGCGUGUUGAACGAGAGGUGAUGCGCCGACUCGACCACGCCCACCAUGAGCUCCUUCCUCAUGAACGGUGGAUACCAACCGCAACCGGACCCCAAGUUCCCGCCUUCCGAGGAGUACAGCCAGGCAGACUACAUACCACCAGGGGAGUAUUACCAGCACCAGCAUCUUCAGUAUGGAUAUCAGCAUCAGUACGCACCUGUGCAGAUCGGAACAGGGUACGGUUAUGGGGGAUACUAUCACCCAUUGCCUCAGCACCCACCUGUGGCUCCUCCGCCCAGGCCUCCUGAGCCUUCUCAUCCAUCUGAUGCAGAUCAUGGAUACGUGCCACCACAUAGCGGAGAAGUGGCUCCAGGCCUCGCUGAGCUUGGGUUGAGAUUAGAGAGACAUAUCGAAGAAGCAGCGCCAGCUGGAAGGAAACUUCAUGCGCUCGGCCGCGAGGGGUCACCAGUUUCGGAAAUGGAUGACGAGAGGCUCUUGUUAGAUAGUCCGCCGGUGGAAGAUGACGAUUCUUCCAUAUGCUCCGACAACACCGAUAGGGUCAUUUAUCCUUGGAUGAAGAAAAUACACGUUGCUGGAGCAUCAAAUGGUUCCUUCCAACCCGGAAUGGAACCUAAACGGCAGCGAACAGCAUACACACGGCACCAAAUAUUAGAAUUGGAGAAAGAAUUCCAUUACAACAGAUAUCUAACAAGAAGAAGACGAAUAGAGAUAGCCCAUACUCUAGUCCUGUCGGAAAGACAAAUAAAAAUCUGGUUUCAAAACAGACGGAUGAAGUGGAAGAAGGACAACAAACUGCCCAACACCAAAAACGUUAGAAGAAAAACCAACCCAGCUGGAGUUACGACAACGGCGAAAGGGGGCUCCACACCAAAGAGUAGAUCAAAUAAGAAUACAAACAACAAUGAUAAGAAGAAAUCCAAUAACAAUGGACGACCAGACAGUAUAGAGAAUGUAACUGAUAACAUUAUGAAUGACUUACAUUGUGUUGGUUCGCAACAAAACUUGUCGCAUGAUCCUGCCAUCAGUCCAAUGUCGCAUCCGGGGAAUCAGAUGAACGCCGGUCAUCCAAUCACACCUCAUCAUCUUCAUAUGAUGAGCAUGCACGGAAUGGACCCGGCUAUGGUUGCUAAUCUCUCCACUCACGGCUCGCCUGUUGGUGCCAAUGGUUGUGGAACAGGACUCAAUCCUGGCAACCAGCCAGUGAUAAAAUCAGAUUACGGUCUCACCGCCUUAUAAUCUUUAAAGUGUAAAGAAGCUAUAUUUUGAUUAACGAACUAUGUAACAUUUACCAUUCCUUUGUGUUGAUAAGAUGUAAUAAAGUGAUGAUUAUUAAAUAAUAAGUUUACUAUUAUAAAUCGUGUAAGUAUUCCUAGGAUACACAGUCAUAAUUGGAUGUUUGCGUAAUUAAGUGGAAAACUUUACAAUGUCAAAAGUGUGAUUAUUAUUAUUUUAGGAUAGAUAUAAACAUCUGAGUGUUGAAUUUGUACAUUUCAUUGUAAGUCAUUGUCCUCAACUAUAAAUAUAUUUAUUUAAUAAACGUAACGAUUUGUAUUUAUGUAAUUUUAAACCUAAACGCAGUAUUUUUGAUUGUAAGAUUAUUAUGUACUAGUAAAUAUAUCAGUUCUUAAAAAUCAACAAUACUUUUUGUCUAGUUACCAUUGUAUUAAAUAUUAAAUAUAUACUAUUCUGUUUAAUUUGCUUAG